AUGAAACUUCUCCUAUCGGAUAGCCUAAUCAAAUCUGACGCUGAGAAAAGAGAAGAAACGAGAAAGGGUGGAUACGACGCUGAGUCAUUUAUCAAAACCUGGACAGUCGUUAUCAAUUACACGGAUUCCGAGAGAGGGGAGGAGGUUUUGCAGGGGGAAAUACAUAUGAAGAGGUCCGCGCGAGCUGCCAAGGCUUCGACUGGAGGGCGUUCGCUCAAUAGGAUUGGCCGGAACACACCCGGACUACAUAAAGGGCCCGGCGGAGCUGAAGGAGCAAACCAGAUGGUUGGGACGUGA